AUGAAUCUCCCUCUAGCGGAUCCGAUCCUCCUCGCACAGGACAUACCCGAGACUCUGACCGCGCGACUGCGGUCUUCCGGUCAGGCAGUAUGCAUGCGGUUCUCCCACCGCGGUGACCUGCUCGCUUCCGGUACGGCCAAAGGAACGAUCGCGAUCUUUGACCUCGAAACGAACGGAGUCGCGCGUAAAUUGAGAGGUCACACAGCUGGACGCACAGUACAGUCGCUGUCAUGGGAGAAGAGCGGCCGAUAUCUGCUCAGUAGCAGCGUAGAUUGGAAGGUCAUACUAUGGGAUCUCAACGAUGGCAGUCGGUUGCGGACCAUCAAUCUGGGUGCGCCGGUGUACAUUGCGGAGCUACAUCCGUCAAACUUCAAAAUGUGCGUGGCCGCAUUGUAUGAGUACAGGCCAGUGCUGGCCGACUUCACGAACGCCGCGAACGUCAAGCAGAUGGCUCUACCCAAUUUGCCCAAGCGUGCACCACACGAGGAGAGCGGCGAGAAGGCCGACGCGAAGCACUUUACAACAGUCGCAGCCUUUACACCUACUGGCUCGCACAUCAUCACUGGUACGACCAAGGGCUGGUUGAACGUGAUCAGCACGACGACGCAGCAAACAGUCUACAGCACGCGACUCUGCAGCAAACCAAUUCUCUUGAUUCGGUUGAGUGGCAGUGGCCGCGACCUGCUCGUUAACGCAUCCGACACAAUCAUCCGCACGAUCAAACUGCCUGAUCUCUCGAACCCGAAACUGCAGGACGAUGACAUUCAUCUGGAAGUCGAGCAUAAGUUUCAGGAUGUCGUCAAUCGUCUGUCAUGGAAUCACGUCGCCUUCAGUAGCAACGCCGACUAUGUUAUGGCGUCGACCUUGAUGAAUCACGACAUCUACAUCUGGGAGCGAGGUCAUGGAUCGUUGGUCAAGAUUCUGGAAGGGCCGAGAGAAGAGCUAGGUGCAGUGGAGUGGCAUCCAACUCGCCCAUUUGUGGCGGCGACUGGGGUUGAGAGUGGGAAAAUAUACCUCUGGUCGAUCAAUACCCCUCAGCGAUGGUCGGCGUUGGCACCUGAUUUCGUGGAAGUGGAAGAGAACGAGGAAUACAUCGAGAAGGAAGACGAAUUCGACAUUCACGACAUCACUGAGCUGCAGAAACGCCGACUGGACCAGGAGGACGAGGAGGUCGAUGUCCUCACUGUGGAUGCGCUGCAGCUGGAGAGAGAGGGCCGACUGGCCAAAGGAGGAGAUGCUAAAGAUGGCGAGGAAUUCCGCAUGCCUGUCUUGCUGGACAUGGGCGAGUCGGAUAGUGAGGAUGAGAUCGUGGCGAUCGGCACAGGGCAGUAUCGGAGGAAAAGCACUGCUCAAGCGGAUGAUAUGGACUUUGGAGACGAAGAGGACGAUAUCGAAGGCGAGAUUGAGACGAACGGUCAUGUUGGUACGAAGCGACGACGUGGAGAUUGA